AUGCAAGCAAUUGCACGGAAAAAGGAAAGACACUCUGGCCAAAGCAGAAGUCUGGCAGCAGGAAGGAUACAGAUAAAGCGGUGCAAAGUGGCACCACGACUGAUAAUUGUACCUGGAAAGGACUACACUGUCGAGCAAACAACAAUCAAAUUAGGCGGAGGAAACAUCAAUAGGGGUCAUAAAUUCAAGUACCUUGGCUCAGUAGUUGGCAAUGAGGGGAACAUGGAAAUUAACAACCGGAUUCAGUGUGGUUGGAACAACUGGAGGAAGGUGCCUGGUGUCAUAUAUGAUAGGAAAGUCCCUAUAACAUUAAAGGGCAGAGUGCACAAGGCAGUGGUCAGACCAGCAAUGACAUAUGGAUUGGAAGCAGCACCUCUAAAGAAAACGGGGCAGAAAGUUGAACGUAACCGAGAUGAGGAUGCUUAG